UGGUUCAGCUUUUUCAUUCUAUUUUCAUGGCUCCAUGUUCAAGGCUGCUGAAGGUGAUUUUGCACGGGGCUCCCUUGUUUCCCCAGAGGAGAAAUUAGCCGUUGGCAAGGCAAUUCACCAUGAACAGGGUAGGGCUAUGGCUUCUGGUGGUCCUAGUGCUUUUCUACAAUGUGAUUUGCAUAAAUGUUGCCACAAGACCUGAAAUUGUAACUGUCGGUGCUAUGUUCUCAUUCAUUUCCCCAAUUGGAAAGCCUUCAAAAAUUGCAAUAGAUGCAGCAGUUGAAGAUAUAAAUUCCAACCCAGGAAUCCUUAAGGGAACUAAACUCAGAAUAGAAAUGAUGGACACCAAUUAUAGUGGAUUUCUCGGCAUUGUAGAGGCUUUACGGUUCAUGGAGAAGGAAACGGUGGCCAUAAUUGGCCCUCAGUCUUCUGUGACGGCGCAUGCUAUAUCCCACAUUGCAAAUGUGCUUCAACUCCCUUUAUUAUCAUUCGCAUCCACGGAUCCUACCCUUUCCCCAAUUCAGUUCCCCUUCUUUGUCCGGACUGCUCAGAAUGACCUGUAUCAGAUGGCUGCAAUAGCAGAAUUGGUGGAUUUCUACGGAUGGAGAGAGGUGAUAGCAAUAUAUGAGGAUGAUGAUCAUGGGAGAAAUGGGAUUGCUGCUUUGGGGGACAAGCUGGCUGAGAGACGGGGUAAGAUAUCAUAUAAAGCAGCUUUGAGCCCCAAUCCAACCCAGGAUGAAAUCACUAACUUGUUGGUUAAGAUAGCCAUGUUUGAGUCUAGGAUUAUUGUGGUUCAUGUUCCAGGAAGUUGGGGUCCAAAAGUGUUUAGUGUGGCUCAGCAGUUCGGCAUGUUGAGCAAUGGCUAUGUCUGGAUAGCCACAAGUUGGCUAUCCACUGUGUUGGAUACUAAUUCUCCUCUUGGUCAGGAUGCAAUGGAUAAUAUUCAGGGAGUUCUUACACUGCGGAUGUACACCCCACAGUCAGAACUCAAGAGGAAGUUCAUUUCCAGGUGGAGCAACUUGACCAGAGGAAAGGUGGUUGAUGGCCGCCCCAUUGGGCUCAAUGCUUAUGCUCUGUAUGCCUACGACACAGUCUGGCUGCUUGCUCGUGCGCUGGAUGCUUUUUUCGAGCAGGGAGGGAACAUUUCAUUCUCAAAUCAACCUCUGGCAUCUAAGCUGCGGGGAGGAAACUUGCAUCUUAAUACCCUGAACGUUUUUGAUGGAGGGAAACUGUUGCUUCGUAACAUUUUACAGAUUAGCAUGAAUGGUUUAACAGGUCAAGUCAGGUUCACUUCAGAUAGGAACCUAAUUCAUCCAGCAUUUGAAGUCAUCAAUGUGGUUGGCAAUGGGUACAGGAAGAUUGGCUGCUGGUCUAACCAUUCUGGACUAUCAAUCCUACCUCCAGAGGCCCUUUGGUCAAAACCUCCUAAUCGUUCCAGUUCUAACCAAAAACUACGUGAUGUGAUCUGGCCAGGACAGACAACAGAGAAGCCUCGUGGAUGGAUUUUCCCAAACAGUGGAAGGCAUUUGAAAAUUGGAGUCCCAAAUCGUGUGAGUUACAGGGAAUUUGUCUUAGUUCAGGGUCAAUCAAUCAGUGGCUACUGCAUUGAUGUAUUCACUGCUGCUCUGAACUUUCUCCCAUAUGCUGUUCCUUAUAAGCUGAUAGCAUAUGGGGAUGGGCGUACCAACCCGAGUGGCACUGAGUUAGUGAGUUUGAUCACAGCAGGCGUAUUUGAUGCAGUAAUAGGAGACAUUGCCAUUACCACCAACAGGACAAGGAUGGCAGAUUUUACACAACCGUAUAUACAAUCAGGACUUGCUGUAGUGGCACCAGUGAAGAACGUUGACUCCGGUGCUUGGGCAUUCCUGCGGCCAUUCACUGGGAGUAUGUGGGGCGUAACAGCAAUCUUUUUCUUGGUUGUGGGAUCCAUCGUCUGGAUUUUGGAACAUAGGUUGAAUGAUGAUUUCCGAGGCCCUCCUAGAAGGCAAGCAGUGACUAUUCUGUGGUUUAGUUUCUCAACAUGGUUCUUCGCCCAUAGAGAAAACAUAGUCAGUACAAUGGGUCGGCUAAUUCUAAUUAUCUGGCUAUUUGUAGUUCUUAUAAUCAACUCUAGCUACACUGCUAGCCUUACUUCUAUCCUUACAGUUCAGCAGCUUUCUUCUCCUAUUAAAGGCAUAGAAACUUUAAAGUCAAGCAGCGAUCCCAUAGGCUACCAGCAGGGUUCGUAUGCUCAAAAUUAUCUAAUUAACGAACUAAGUAUCCACGAAUCAAGGCUCAAACCUUUCAAUUCACUGGAAGAAUCUGCUCAGGCUUUGAAAGACGGUCCCAGUAAGGGCGGUGUUGUUGCAAUGGUUGAUGACCGUGCCUACUUAGAGCUUUUCCUCUCAUCUAGAUGUGAAUUCAGCAUUGUAGGCCAAGAGUUCACCAAAAAUGGAUGGGGUUUUGCAUUUCCGAAGGACUCCCCUUUAGCCGUCGACAUGUCAACUGCAAUUUUGAAGUUGUCAGAGAACGGAGACCUCCAGCGGAUCCACGACAAAUGGCUGUUAAGACGAGCAUGCAGUUCACAGGGUGCAAAGACUGAAGUAGACAGGCUUCCUCUCAAGAGUUUCUGGGGCCUCUUUGUUAUCUGCGCGUUAGCAUGCCUUAUUGCACUCCUUUUACAUUUCCUGAAAAUGGUGAGACAGUUCAGCAAGCACUAUCCCGAGGAACCUCAGUAUUCCAGUCGAAGCUCACCCACUGCACGUCUCCAGACAUUCUUUUCAUUCUUUGAUGAGAAGGAAGAUGAUGUUAGAAGCCGGUCCAAGAGAAGGCAAAUUGAGGGAUCCACAAGCAGAAGCUGCAGAACUGACCGCGGAUCAACUAGCAAUCCCAACUACGAUAGAGGACAUAUAGAUACAGAAAUUUCUUCAAACAAUACAACUGGAAAUGGUAGUCAAGUCUAAUUAGUUAUAUGGCUUGGCAUGGAAUCUCUAGCUCCAAUGUAUAUCUUCAAUAGAAUUUUAGAGGUGGAGUAAAACUGUAUCAUGCAUGCUCUACUCAUAGGCGUCACUUUGGAUCAAAUGGAAAAACUAAUACAAGGAUCACGUGUUAGAAAAUAUGAAAAAAGUAAAAGAGUAAAAGGAAUGUUCUUGAGGCUUGAUUUCACUUUCCUUAAGGAUUUAAAAUCUUUAAGGAUUUAAAAUCCAUCAGGAUACAAUAAAACUCAAACAUCUCUCAAAAUUAGAUGUUGAACUCUAACUUUGUAUAGGAAUUUAUAUGGCAUGAAAAGUCACUA